AUGGCUGUGACAACAUUAGCCUUGGCGGGGCCAAACGCUCGCAAUCCUGGAGAUUGGCCCUGUCAGUUCUGCAAAAAGGUGCAAUUUGGCCGCGACUUGACCUGCAAAGAUUGCGGGGCGCGAAGGCCCGUUGCUUGUACCUACGGAACCCCGCUGCCGGCGGCCGAAGAGAAUCCACUUCAAUCCCCGACAGGACAGCCUGGGGAUUGGACGUGCCCCAAGUGCAAGACCACCUGUUUUGCCCGGAAUCCGGUUUGUGGCAGGUGCAACUGUCCAAAGCCUGAGACGGUUGAAGAGUACAACCUUCUGGCACAGGCAGCUGUCGGAUUAUUGCCAGGUCACCGGGGCAGUGCCCGGGGCUAUGUGCCGCCCACUGUCGAACUCAAAGCAGAUUCGUCUUCACCUUGGGCUAGACAAUGGACUGCAGGCCCUGUGAACGGUAUGUUUAUUGGCGAGACGAACUUGCCGGGAUGGCUCACUGGCGCGGCCGCCACCGACCGAAACGACAAGGACUCCUCCGAAUCAGAGAGUGCCAAGGAAAUUGCGAAGAAGAAGGCUGAGGAGGAGGAGGAAAAGCGGCGGCAGAUGCGUGAGCGUCGCAAGGAUCGAGUGAUCAGAGUUGACGUGAUCGUGGUGGGCGCCGGUCUGGCGGGCCUUGCGUGCGCCCUGCGGUUGAAGGAUCAAGGGCUAAGACCCGUCAUCUUGGAGGCUCGAGCGCUGGUGGGUGGCCGACCUGAUCGGGUCUUUUCCGAGCCGAAUCGUUUAUUUUUCCAGAAGUUUGAUGAGCUCAUUGAGAUGAAAUGGAUCCAAGAUGGCCGAGAGGAUGUGAGCAUGUCGCAAUUAGGAGAACAAGCUUUUGAUGUAACACCCACUGUAGAUGAGCGUUUGUUGAUGGAGGGUAUGAUGGCUGAAUGGCAUGCUGCAGAUCUGGCAGAUGUGGGAGUUUAUGAGGAUGACCUUUAUAGCGAACGUAUUCAAGAACUGGCCAAGUCCAGGCCCAGCAUCCUCCAGGACGAUGGCGACGAAGGACACUGGCGCAUCUUGGGUGGGCACCAGGGCCUGGCUGAGAAGAUGUCCAAAGGCUUGGAUGUUCGAUUCACUACGCUGGUGGAUGAGAUCCGUUGGUCUGGAUCCAAGGUCCGUGUGAAGACGAGACCUGCCAACUCCACAUCCGCCCCAAACGGAUCUCAUGUCUUCGCUGCACGCUUCGCGGUGGUCACGGUACCCUUGGCCUGUGUCAAUGAUAUUCGUUUUGAACCCGCCCUACCUGGAAGGAAGCAGAUGGCCGUCAAUCAGUUGGGCCGAGGAGUGACCACCACAGUCUAUUUGAAUUUCAAGAAGCGCUUUUGGCCGGAGAAGUUGGCCUUCCUUUUUCACAGCAUGUCCUCCCAAGCUUUUUGGCCUGGAAGAAAUCAAAACGUUUUGACAGCCUACUUUGGAGGUCGCAGGGCCAACGAAGAAUUGUUGAAAUUAGACGACAUGGCUUUAACUGAAGAGAUUCUGCGGCAGUUGGCGGUGAUCUUUCGCAAAGAUGUGAGCCAAGAAGAUUUACGGCAGCUCCUGCUGAAAAGCGAAGUCCGUCGUUGGGACACAGAUCCCUUUGCCAAGAUGGCCUACUCCUAUUGCCCAGUGAACUGCGCUGCUUUACGGGCCGAUUUGGCAGAAAGCUGCAGAGCAGAGGGCCGAGGAGCUCUUUUGUUGUGGGCCGGCGAGGCCACGCACCCCACCAAGGCGAGCUUCGCGCAUGGAGCACUGGAAGAAGGUGAAAGGGCCGCGGAAGAGAUCUUUGAGAUCCUGAAGUCCACUGGGUCCAUGGUCGGGUAA